AACACUUUUGGCUCAAACACAAUUCACUACUAAUUCGAUCUCUUGCAAGAACAAUAUUUAUAUCUGGCUAUGGCAGCGAACGGACAGGCCGAAGCUUUCAAUUUUCAAGAACUGACAGUGUGGACUGCUGAUGAUUUCGCUUCGUUUACCUCGAAUGACGCGGCAUUUGAAUUGUAUACAAAACAAGUACAGGAGCUAAAAGGGCAUGUGAAAGAUUUGCUCACAAAUUCUGCCAGCGAUCCGGUUGAGAAAGUGAAACUGAUUGACUUGUUAUACCGUCUUGGUGUGUCAUAUCACUUCGAGAGAGAGAUUGAAGGACAACUCGAUCAAAUCUAUGGUUCCGAAGCUAAGAUUUUUGAUGAUAAUGACUAUGAUCUGUGCACCGUUGCACUUCUUUUUCGAGUGUUUAGACAGUAUGGUCACAGAGUGAGUUGUGAUGUGUUCAACAAAUUCAAAGACAUUGAUGGCAAGUUUAAGGCGAGUAUAGCUACCGACGCUGAGGGCUUACUAAGCCUGUACGAAGCUGCUCAUUUAAGCGUUCGCGGGGAACAUGUUUUAGAUGAAGCUCUUGCUUACUCAAGGACUUGCCUCAAAUCCUUAGAGAGCCAAUGUAGUCGUCGUCUUUCAAAGCGUAUAGCGGGUGCUUUGGAACAAGCACUUCAUCGGGGCAUACCAAGGCUUGCGUCGAGACAGAACAUUUCGUUAUAUGAAGAAGAAGAGUCUUAUGAUGAUUCGCUACUCAAGCUAGCGAAAAUCGAUUACAAUCGAGUACAAUUACUGCACCAGCAAGAGCUUGGCGAGUUCUCGAGGUGGUGCAAGGACUUGGAGCUUGCUUCAAAAUUUCCAUAUGCAAGGCAUAGGAUUCCUGAAGUCUACCUGUGGUGCAUUGGAGGUUACUUUGAGCCGGAAUUUUCUCGUGCUCGAGUAAUUGUCGCCAAAGUUACUGCCAUUGUUACAAUUAUAGAUGACACAUAUGGUGUGUAUGCUUCAAUCGACGAGCUUCGCAGAUUCACAGAUGCAAUAGAAAGGUGGAAUAUGGAUGCUGUUGAUCAACUACCAGAUUACAUGAAAAGUCUUUACACUAUUCUCGUGAAUCUUUUCCAGCAAAUCGACGAUGAGGUUCGAAACCAAGGAAAAUCCUACGCGAUACACUACGCCAAGGAAACGGUGAAGCAAUUGGUGAGAUCAUACCAGCGGGAGGUCAAUUGGGUUAAUGGAAAUCAAGUGCCACCAUUUGAGGAGUUCCUGGAAAAUGCGCAAAUCACGACUGGUUAUCGCAUAGUUUCUGUUGCAUCUCUUAUAGGAAUGGGAGAAUCUGCAGGGGAGGAGGCCUUUAAAUGGCUACACCGUAUGCCAAAGAUCGAUAGAGCGACGCUUAUAAUUAGCCGUCUCAUGGACUGCAUCGUUGCAACCAAGGAGGAGCCUGUGAAGAGAUUUUGUUCUAAAGGUGUAGAGUUCUAUAUGAAAGAACACGGGGUUUCGAAGGAAGAGGCGAUCGAGAUUUUCCAGGAAAUGAUUGAGAAUGCAUGGAAGGAUAUAAAUGAGGAAUGCAUGAAGCCAACAACCAUGUCAAGAGAAAUCUUGCUCAGGAUUUUUAACCUGAUACGGGUAAUGGAUGUUAUGUACAAGCAUGAAGACUUGUUCACUAAUCCGGCCGGGAUGAAAGAGUAUAUCAAGUCCUUGUUCAUUGAGCCAAUUCCACUCUAAGAUGAGAUUAUAUAGGGUGAGUAAUGGAGAAUAAGCUGUAUAAGAUCAAUGCAUUUUGUGAAGAUGCUUCAUCAAUCUUAUUACUUGUUUACCUAUUUGUGUUGGGAUUUAGAAGGUGAUGUUCCAUAGGAAUCUAAACCAUGUUUGAAUAAGAUCUAUUUGACUUUUCUUUUUUUUU